AAUAACCCGUGGACACCUUUUUUUACAUGUUUAGAUUAUUCUUUCUUCGUUAUAAAAGCUCAAAAUGUAUCUCAGUUUAGAUUCUCUGCGUUCUUCUAUUUGGAGUUUGUCACAGAAAUCGCUCGAUACAAAUCGGAGAUUCUGCGUGAAGUGAGAAAUUUGGUCGUUGCUGUGUUCAUAUAGCGAGAGAAAAGUCCUCACUGUUACUUAAAAUUCUCACUAGGAACUUGGCAUGGGAGUUGUAACUGCUUCUAGCUCAGCUGCUCAGACAACACUAGGAUUCAGCACAAAACUUUCAAAGUACAAAUCCACAUUAAAAAGACCAUUGAUUGUGGCUUUUAAAGAUGAUAAACCCAAUAACACAGCUUUGGUUGCACCUCGUGAGCAAAUCCCAUUGCCUGUAGAGACCACCAAAGGGAAGAAGAGACGAGGAAAAACUAACAAUGAAUUGUCGUCAAGCACCUUGGAAAUGGAUUACAAUGAAGCUGCCGCUAAGCUUGAGAACUUAUACAAGCUUAGCCCUACAACUGAUAAUUCUGAUGUAGAUGUAAAUGGCUUGAUCGGGAAAGGUCAGAGAAGGAAAAGGAAAACUGGUGAAGGUGUCAAGCAAUCAGAGAAUAGAACUAGUAAAGUUAUUGUUAAGAACCCUGCAAAGAAAACUAAACGAUUGAGCCUUGAUGAAAGAAUUGCAAUGAGGAAGAAUACCAUAGAGGAAGUGGUUACUCCAAUUAGGAGGAAAACUGGUGCUCAGAAUGAAGAUGAAAAGAUUGAUGAACUUGUGAGAGACUAUUCUGCUUCAACUGAUUUGGUCAGCUUGGAUUGGAAAAAAAUGAAGAUACCUCCAGUUCUUUCUUCAACAGAACAUGCCUGGUUGUUCAAGUUGAUGCAACCAAUGAAGGCGCUCCUUCAAGUGAAAGACAAAUUGCAGAAAAAAUUGGGUAGAGAACCAAAUGAAGGUGAACUAGCUGAGGCAACAAAUAUGAAUGUAGAGGAAGCAAGAAAACAGAUAGAAGUUGGUCAAGCUGCAAGAAACAAGCUAAUUAAGCACAAUCUCCGGCUUAUAUUGUUUGUAAUCAAUAAAUAUUUUCAAGAUUUUGCAAAUGGCCCGAGAUUCCAAGACCUUUGUCAAGCAGGAGUUAAGGGACUUAUUACAGCUAUUGAUCGCUUUGAACCCAAGAGGAGAUUUCGGCUCUCCACAUAUAGUCUUUUUUGGAUUAGACAUGCCAUAAUACGUUCAAUGACACUUUCAAGCUUUACACGUGUCUCAUUUGGCCUUGAAUCAGUCAGAUUAGAGAUCCAGAAAGCCAAACUGGAGUUGAUGGUUAAGCUUCAAAGAGAGCCAACAGAGGAAGAGAUUAUAGAGAGAGUGGGGAUCUCUCCUGAGAGAUAUCACGAAGUAAAGAGGGCUUCAAAAUCCGUUUUAUCUUUACAUUCAAGGCAUGCAGUUACGCAGGAAGAGUUCAUUAAUGGGAUCACUGACGUUGAUGGAGGUGAUAACCGGAGGCAGCCAGCUCUUCUAAGGCUUGCUCUAGAUGAUGUGCUUGAUUCUCUAAAACCUAAGGAGAGCCUAGUGAUCAGACAAAGAUAUGGGCUAGAUGGUAAAGGUGAUAGAACGUUAGGAGAGAUUGCUGGAAACUUAAACAUCUCCAGAGAAAUGGUUAGGAAGUAUGAAGUUAAGGCGCUCAUGAAGCUCAAGCACCCAGCUAGAGUGGAUUAUCUUCGCCGUUAUGUUGUUUGAAUUGAUGAAUCUCAUGAGGUUUGCUUACAUUACUUUCUCCCCUUGUAUAAAUACGCACCAAUAGAUGCUUUAUACUAAUGACUGUAUUAUAGGGAUUUUUAACUAUAUGAAAAUAGAAAUAUCUCAUAUAAUGUAAUAUAUACUUCUACAGAACUUGGAGACUUCCAGUCAUCAUGUAUACAUGUAAUAUUGUCUCUCCUUUAUAAUCUGAUAAUAUCUUUCACAUGUAUAUAUUCAAACUUCUUA